AUGAAGGAUUUGGUGAGCAAAAAGAGGGCCGUCAGUUUUCAAGAUGAUGAAAGGUUACAACAUUGUAGUGCUAUUGCUACUAGUUCACUUAUGCAGAAGAAGGAGGAUCCUGGAGCUUUCACUAUUCCUUGUACCAUUGGAAUGUUGCAUUUUGCAAAGGCGUUAUAUGAUUUGGGUGCCAGCAUUAAUCUGAUGUUGUUGUCGAUCUACAAGAAGUUGGGUUUAGGGGCUCCAAAACUGACUGCGAUGCGUCUACUCAUGGCCGAUAGAACUGUGAAGAAACCCAUUGGGAGACCAUUCCUUGCUACUGGGCGUUCCUUAGUUGAUAUGGAGAGAGGGCAGAUGAAGUUCCGACUGAAUAAUGAGGAGGUAACUUUUGAUAUUUGUGGAUCCAUGAAGCAGGAAAGCGAUCUUAAGUCGGUAUCAGUGGUGAAUCAUAUUGUGGAGCGAGGUUCUGAAGUGUCUAUUGAAGAGAGGUUGGGUGUUGAUACAUUGGCAGCAAUAAUGAUGAAUUUUGAAGGUGAUGGUAUUAAAGACUAUGAUGAAUUAGUUUCCGCACUUGAUAGGUUUGAAUUUCGUUCCAAACCAAAAAGAUUAGAGCUAGAUAUGAAGAGUCACGACUCUCCACCCAUAAAACCGUCUGUGGAAGAUGCUCCAAAAUUGGACUGUGGAAGAUGCUCCAAAAUUGGAGCUCAAGGCUCUACCAUCUCAUUCGAGGUUGUAUUCUUGGGGGAUGAUGGCACUUUAUCGGUAAUCAUUGCAGCUGAUUUGAGUGAGGUACAGGUAGAGGCAUUUGUUUUUGUGUUAAAGAGGUUCAAGCGGGAUAAUUGGAUGGACUAUUGCGGACAUUAUUAG